AUGAAAUGUAUUGUGGCGUUCCUUUUGAUAAAUCCACCAGACUCGAAGGUCAAGGAUCGCUUAGUUAUAACGGGUAAUGAAAUGGGAAGCCCACACUAUGGCGUCUACCUUCUCAAGUCUGAUCGACUUUUUCCAAUACCCAAUCCCGAUUCACACAUAUACAUGACUGAGAACCAUAUCGAUGGACCUGGCACCUACGUUAGGGCCUAUUGCUCAGAAAGAUGGAGUAAAAAUGAGAUAAUUGCGAAAAUCACGAGCGGCCUGGAAGAUAUAACAAUCGAUGACGAAAAUCGGAUUCCCGAAAUGAGUGCCAUCCAUGAAAAAUGUGAAGAAAUUAUAGAUAAAAUGAUAGAGAAAUCAUCACCAGAAGAACCGGUCAAAUUUUCUGAAAUCUUACGCCACGAAGAUUGUUCGGAAAGCGCAAUUGUCAGCUUAGCCUUUUUGGAUAAGUUCAGUGUCUAUGGAGACUACAGUAACAUGUUUUCGAGGUAUAGCAUUGAUGGGAGAAAUGUUAUGGCUGAUGUCGCCUUAAAGAUUGAAAAUAUAGUUCUCAACGGAGAGCUCUUCAUGGAAAGGAGUGUUCCUCCAGGACAGCAAUUCCUGGCUUGGCAUCAGGGAGAUUUACAUAUAUUUAUAAGAACAAAGGAGGAGAAAACGUGGCACCUAAUAACUGACAUUACUUGCAGAUUUGCGAGCGGAUUAUAUAUCACCAAAUAUGUACUGCAUGAAGAUGGUCCCUUUUUGCCUCUCCUUAAUCUGAUAGAGGAUUUUGUAGACCAGGCCGAUAAAAUCACUCUCUCCAAUUGUAGUGACAAUUCAGUAGAUUGUGAGGAUGAAUCCCCACUACAAAAUUUUCGUCGCAAAAUUGCCGAAGUAAAGCUUGGAAAACUUACACCAACGCGUGCAGAGGGCAACAUUGGCAUUUUGUCGAAACCUUUAAGUAUUGUUAGAUGGGUGGAUGAAAAAUACAUGUAA